GUCAAACUUAGCGAAACUUCCCUUCCACAUAAAAGCUCCCGAGCGUCCGCGAGUGGCGAACGGCUGUUGGAAAGUGAAGAGAAGAGACGAGACCAAGGAACUGGAGGACAGUCACGGCUGGUUGUCGAGAGGAACAGAAAAGUUAACAUGAAACGUUACUUCAUGUACCGGAGCUGUCCCAGUGAGAUUGGGUUGAUGGCUGAUAAACCUAAAAAGAACAGAAAGAAGUCGCAAACGCUGACACCCGCCUCCAGCUUGGAAAAUGACUCCACGACGCUUGAGUCCCAACAAAAAGAUAAAUUACACCAGCUGAGCUGUCCCAGUGAGAUUGGGUUGAUGGCUGAAAAACCUAAAAAGAACAGAAAGAAGUCGCAAACGCUGACACCCGCCUCCAGCUUGGAAAAUGACUCCACGACGCUUGAGGCCCAACAAAAAGAUAAAUUACACCAACUGAGGGUAUUGACCAUUGACAUUUCCGACGUAAAAAAUGAAGAGGAGUCAUACCUUGGACGAAAGAUUAGCAAGUCCAAUGCCACAUUCCACAAACUGUUUAAAGACCUUCCUGAAUCUGAGAAUGUGAUUGACAGGUUCAAAUGUGCCUUGUAUAAGGAAGUUCCAUACCAUGGCAAGAUGUAUGUGACAGACAAUUAUAUUUGUUUCUACGGCGGCAUUUUAAAGGAAACCAAGCUUGUUGUUCCAGUCGCUGAUGUGGUUGUAUUGAAGAAGCAGAACAUAGCCUUCCUUGUUCCCAGUGCCCUUUGUAUCAAAACAUCAGAAGGAGAGAAGCAUUUAUUUGGAGCACUGAGAUCAAGGGAUUUGACUUUUAAAGUUCUGAAGUCAGUUUGCCUGAAUCUGGAGAAUGCAAAUCCCUCAACGAGCCCUCAGGCUUUUACACCUGAAAACAGUUAUGAGGCGGAAACUAAAAUAUUACAGGAACUGAAUCAAUCUUGCCUCGAAGACGAUAGCCAAGAACUGGACACUGUUGACUACAUUCAAGAUUCAGUACAGCCAACGCCCACUGCGAAUUCUGCUGGUGUAUCCAGAAAUAAGGCUCUUUGUAAUGAGAAUGAAGGACAGAGAGAUCGACCCAUUGAAGAAACUUUGCACAGCAAUGGCAACUCCUGGUUUACCAGAGUGACAAAGAAAAUGAAAUCCUUUGCUGCUUUUCAUGAAUCGACUGCUUUUAAUACACUCAUCAUCAUCUACGUCCUUCUGGUGCUACUGUUGCUGAUUUCUUCAGGGUACAUCGGCCUAAGAAUUGUAGCCCUUGAGGAGCAGCUGAUGUCCAUGGGAGCCUGGCCAGAAACUCAUACACAAAGCAAGUAAAUGCAGAAGAUGACAAGGUACAAAAGAACAUGAAGUUGGACCAAGCCUCCUAAAGAUGAGGAUUUGCACCCUUGCCCUUCAAUUGCAUGACCAGUGGACAUUAUAACUUUUUUUUUAAUGGUGCUGUACUUAUUACAUAGAGCCAUUUGUAAGAAUAGUCUACUAUUUUAAGGCAAGUGGCACUCGAUGGUUCAAGGAAAAUAAGUGAGUUUUGCGUCUGCUUGAGGUGAUCUGAAACUACGUCUGAGGCUAUGUGACCAAUUUCCGAUGCGCACCAGCAAACGACGUCAUGGGGAAUCCUUGAACUUUUGAGGAGGGAGAUCUUGAAAGUUUCCCACUGUGAAAAAUGUUUACAUGGACAAGGAAACAUUAACUAUGCAAAGUUAAUGCUGUUGGGGAUUUGGUCUCCGUGCUGUAGAAGAUAGAAGUUAAGCUGUAUAUUUGAAUUUAGAUAUGUUUACCCAAGUUUAUUGUGAUGAUGAAAAUAAAUGACUGCAGAAUAGUCCUGGUUAACUGCUUGCUGCAGUGGGAAUUGCAAGUGUAGUUUAAUUCAAUUCUGAAGUGAUUGAAUUCUGACUGUCAUAUAUGCAAUACUCAACCUGAAACUAGAAUGAAAGAAAUAUUUUUUUAAAAAUGCUGUGAACAAUAGAAGCAAAUAUAUGCAACCAAAUUACAAACGAGAAACUAAACUUUCCUCAACAUUCGCUGCACGUCAAGUUUAUAUACAUUGUACAAAUUUGUUCAAUACAUCAGAUUUCAGAAAGAAACAAAUUUGGGUUUUAAACUUUUUAAAAUUUAAAAUUGUUUUUAAAAUCCUCAACCUGUUCUGUCCUUUAAUAAAUUUACGGUUGAUAUCCAAAUUUCUCUCCUACUCAAACACUGCAACCAUGAAAUCCUUAAGUUUUUAAAAAUCUAUUAAACUAAACCUUUAUACUCAUUUUUGGUUAUCAGGGUUAGAGGCCUCUAAAUAUUUAUCAAUUAGUGAAGAAAUUCCAGCUCAUCUUGCUGCUUUGAGUGUAUUCUAUUAUGCCCUAUGAUCUAUAUUACAUUAUAUUACUAUUUACAUAACAUUCUCACUUGGAACUUUACAGCUUACUGCAGCUUCUGAAAUUUAGAAAUGUAUGAAAUAUAUGGAACUAUGCAACGGGUUUAAUCCAAAGAGAAAGGUCUCCUGGCAUCUUUAUGAUGACUUGCACUCCACCAACAACUUUCAUAAUUUGUCAUCUGCCAUACAGAUUACCUAUUACAAAUUGACUGCAUUUCAAGUUUCACUGUUAGCACAAAAUGGAGCCACACUUUGUGGUAUUUGGUAAUUAAGAGUGAUUGGAAUGAAGUGAGAAGUAAAUUCACACAUCUAGAAGGUAUGAAAUGUUGACAUGCUCAUUUUAGGUCCUCGCAAGGACAAAUGAAGCAGGAACAAUAGAUAAUACUGAAGAUGAUUUUUCAGUGGGUCUCAGCAUAAACUUCAUUGUGUUGGGGGGAAAAUACAACACAAGCUAACUUGUGAUCUAGUCAAGUUUAUAAAUAUAAACUCUGUUAAAAGUUAUAUAUUAACAGAAAUUUCCCUUUUUAAAAAAAACCUGAUCACAAUACUUAAUCUCACUGGGUCUAACAACCUAAUAUUGUCACAGUACUUUAUUCAUAAUUUUUCCCUCAGUCCAAUAAUAAAUCCUGAUUUUAACCUGUGAUUAGAAAGGAAAGAUUGGAGGUCAAGACUAAAAACAUAAUACAAAUAAAUUCUACAUUCAGAAAUGAUGAGCAUGAUAUCCCACUUCCAGCAUCAAGAUAGUUCUGAAGGGCAUGCACUUUUUUUGAAAAUGAAGGUAUAGGUACCUGAAGAAUGAACUUGUAUUUAUUUCACUAACUAAAUCAUUGCCCUAACACUCUUAAUCCAAACAUAAGCCCAUUUUAUCCAGUCAUUCCAAUUCUAUAUCUGGUCCUCGAUGCCCAGAGGGGCAAGAAACAUUUUUUUAAAAGUUCAUGUUUUGAACUAAGACUCGUGGUCCCUUUCGCAAAUGCUGCCUGACUUGCCGAGUUCCGCAGCAUUUUGUGCGAUUUCUAGCAUCCACAGAAACUCUCGCAUUUUAAAAUGGAACUUAAAUAGAAUAAACUUAAUUAAUUUGAUUAUGCUUUAGCACAAUGAUAUCUAAACCUAGUAUUCUACAAAAUUCUAACAGUUUGUAAUACUCCAGUGAUGUGCUGUGGGUUAUCUGCCUUUGGCUAGUCUGGAGUGCUGGGUCAGCUAAGGGUCGCAAGUUUGCUUGUGGGUGAGGAGAGCAGGGGAAGAAACCCGCUUCGCAGUAGCCACCAAGAAGAACCUGGGAAAGCACCUACUUCAGAAUCUUGACAGUUAACAAUGCCUUUGGAAAACAGUAAACAGCAUGAACAUUGCUUCUGUUAUAUUUGUGUUUUAUUCCAAUUUUACAGUAUUCUCAAAUGUUAAUGCAAUCAUUCAUAAUGGGGCUCUGUUUGAUUUAAGAGUUUAUAUUGUAAGUUUAUAAAGGAUGCAGCAAUUCUGUUGAACCUGCACUAAUUUAUGUUCCAUUUCUGUGAAAUGGUAUUUUCUUGUCUAAAUUAUCAACAAUAAAUACAAUUGUGCACUAUUUCUUUCUGGAUUUUU